AUGCCUCAGAGGAUAGCACACUCACAGUUGCCAGCAGAUCCUUUGCAGGAAAUCAGAAGGGUUGACCAGCAUCUUGAUAAACCUCUCUCCAGAACCAGGUCUCACCCUCCAAUAGAAGGAGGCUCCUCUCUGGGCAAACAACUGUCCUCUGAUGCCUGCCAGUUCCAGGAAGUUUUUCUCAUCAUCACAGGACAACUUGUCACCUGCAGCAAGAAGAAUAAAAAUCAAGGGACCUACAGAGGGUUUCUGGGCAUGGAUCCAACCGCUGCAACCUUGAGAACUGAUCCCACACCCAUGAAUGGAACUGGAGAAGAUCUCUCUUCAUCUGACAUAGGGAUCGUGAUUCUGAGCAUUUUUAUCCUUGUAAUUGCCCUGAUUGGUCUGGCAGGAAACUCCGUGGUGCUCUGGCUCCUGGCCUUCCACAUGCAUAAGAAAACAUCUUUCCACAUCUAUCUCUCCAACCUGGCUACCGCCGAUUUCUUCUCCCUUUGCUUCAGUAUUAUAUUUUCCCUGGAAAUCUUCUAUACCUUCUCCAUCUUCAGAUAUUUUGAGUUUCUGUUGAACUUCACAUACAUUACAGAACUGAGCAUCCUCAGUGCCAUCAGCACAGAGAGGUAUCUCUCUGUGCAAUUUCCCAUCUGGUACCACUGCCGCCGCCCAAGAACUAUAUCGGCUGUCAUCUGUGCCCUGCUCUGGACCCUCUCCCUGGUGCUGAAUAUCCUGGAAGGGAACUUCUGUGGCCUCUUUAGCAAAGAUUUUGAGAAUUUUUGGUACUAUCCGUGUCGAGUAGUUGAUUUCGUCUUUGUCUCAUGGCUGAUUUUCUCAUUUUUGCUUCUGUCUGGGUCCAGUCUGGCCCUUCUGGUCAGGUUGUUCAGUGGCUCCCAGCGGAUGAAGCUGACCAGGUUGUACAUGACCAUCGGACUCACAGUGCUGGUCUUCCUCCUCUGUGGCCUGCCCUUUGGUGUGCAAUGUUUCCUCUUAGUCUGGAUCCAGGAUGAUUUCUUGGCAUUGCCUUAUUAUACUUUCUGGGUUGUCACUUUCCUGUCCAGUGUCAACAGCUCUGCCAACCCUUUUGUUUAUUUCUUUGUUGGUUCCUUUAGACAGAGGCAGCAGCAGAGCCUCAAGCUGGUUCUGCUGAGGGCUCUGGAGGACAAUCAUGUGGGAGAGAGUGAAGGCAGCGCUCCUCAGGAGACCCUGCAGAUGGAAGUCAGCCGGGUGUGCUGA